CACGCCGCCACCAUGGUGCUCAUGAACAUCCUGGCUGAUGCUCUCAAGAGCAUCAACAAUGCAGAGAAGAGAGGCAAACGCCAGGUCCUCAUCAGGCCCUGCUCCAAAGUCAUUGUUUGGUUCCUAACUGUGAUGAUGAAGCACAGUUACAUUGGUGAAUUUGAAAUCAUUGAUGACCACAGAGCUGGGAAGAUAGUCGUGAACCUCACAGGCAGACUGAACAAGUGUGGAGUGACAAGCCCUAGAUUUGAUGUGCAGCUCAAAGACCUAGAAAAAUGGCAGAACAACUUGCUCCCGUCCCGUCAGUUUGGCUUCAUUGUACUGACCACCUCAUCUGGCAUCAUGGACCAUGAAGAGGCAAGACAAAAGCACACAGGAGGGAAAAUCCUGGGAUUCUUUUUUUUAGAGAUAUAUCGGGUUGUGAGUGUGGGCUGA